AUAAAUUCUUUUACAGGAGCGAGGGAUUUCAGUGGUAGUAGCGGUGAGCAAAGCCCGAGAGGUUGAGAAUUAGCGAGAGAGUGAGAGUCUGAGAGACACGAUGCCGUGCCUGAAUAUUUCGACGAACGUAAGCCUCGAAGGCGUUGACACCUCCUCCAUCCUUUCGGAAGCCACCUCCAUCGUCGCUAAACUCAUCGGAAAACCUGAAGCCUAUGUGAUGAUUGUGCUGAAGGGAUCAGUGCCCAUGUCAUUUGGGGGGACCGAGCAGCCAGCAGCCUAUGGCGAGUUGGUGUCCAUCGGUGGGCUUAACCCUGAUGUGAACAAGAAACUGAGUGCUGCAAUUGCUACAAUUCUUGAGAGCAAGUUGAAAGUGCCCAAGUCUAGAUACUUCCUCAAAUUCUAUGACUCUAAGGCAAGCUAUCUCAACUUCCCAAGUUGUCAUGAAGAAGGGUCAUUGCUGUGCACUUCUUUCUUCUCAUUGCAUUUCUCAAUUUUGUUUAGGCACACCAAACCCAAGCAUAUGCUCAGUGUUUGCAUGCUUUACACCAGAGUUAGAUCACGGUUCCAACUUUGGAUGGAAUGGCUCUACCUUCUAAAUUCUCGGUAAGAUCUAAACCAGUGUCUUGAAUUCCUAAACGACUCAAUACUCUGAAUUCAGGACAACUUUGUUAUCAAUAAUGUAUUUGGUAUCAUAGGUAUCUCAGUAAUUGUUGGGGAAGACAUAAUCAUUUCUUUUCAGUGUGUUGUUAGGUUUGAUAAUGCAAAACAGUUGUCUUUCUUAUAUGCUACCUGGAGAAAACUUCUUUGGCAAUGGCCAAUGAAUGUUAUGUGAUGUUAUGGUACUUAAAAUCUGAUGUUUUUGUUA